AUGGUGGGCUAUAAAGUACAGCACCGUUCUUGCAAAGGCUCAGACAUAAAAAUCCACGUUCAAUGGUCAGAAGAGUCGAAAUGUUGCCGUCUGGAUCAGAACGAAACUAGGCGGCCAAUGUCCGAUCUUGCGAUAACAAUGCAGACGAUAACACUAAAAGAACUCAUGACUCAUUUGUUGGAGACUAUACAGUUUGUCAUCCGGUUUUUGAGCAUAAUUUUGUUACAGCCUGGCGUUUACGCGCCUGAUCAUCUCCAGUACUAUGUAUUUGCUUUGAGUCCUUUUAAAGCGUGGUAG